AUGUCGACAGCUAAUUCGCAUGACGAUAAUUCAAAAUAUUUAAAUAAUUAUAAAUUUAUUGGUAUUAUUGGCUCGGGUGCAUCAGGCGUGGUAUAUAAAGUUCUAAACGUUAUUAAUAAUAAAUAUUAUGCCAUAAAAGUUGUAUUGAAUAAUACAGUCAUCAGAGAUAAACAAAAUUUAUUAGAUUCCAUCUUUAAUGAUUAUUUUGAAAAUGAUAAAUAUAAUACUCAUAAUGAAAAAUUGAAAAAUAGGAUGAUUUUAAAUUCAAUCAAUUUUCAUUAUUAUUUAACAAACGAAUUCAAUUAUGGUAUCAAAAAAGAAAUUUCAAAUCAGUUGAAAGUACAUAAACACAAACACAUCAUUUCGGUUAUUGAUAUUUAUAAUUAUCAAAUCACAAAUUAUUAUAAUAUUAAAAAUACUAAUGUUACAUUCAUUAUUUAUGAUUAUAUUGAGAUGGAUUUGUUCACUGCCAUCGUCGAGAAACAAAUUUUCCAAAAUGCAACUGAUACAACUUUGAUUAAAAAAAUAUUUAUUCAAAUUUGUAGAGCUGUUAAAUAUUGUCAUGAAAAUGGUAUUUAUCAUUGUGAUUUGAAACCAGAAAAUAUUCUAGUUGAUAUAGAAAAUGAACAUGCUUAUUUAUGUGACUUUGGUUUAUCAACUACAGAGAAAAGUUUGUGUGAUACACAAUCAAUCGGUAGUACUUUCUAUAUGGCCCCAGAGAGAGUUAUUGACUAUGAAACCAUAUACAAAUCUGCGGUCACUAAAUCAUCCCCUACUUAUAGUUGCGAUAUUUGGUCAUUGGGGAUCAUUCUAACAAAUAUCGUAUGCUCAUGUAAUUUAUGGAAUUUACCGGAUCCAAAGAAAGAUCAAUUCUUUAAAUCAUACAUGACUAACAAAUCAGUUUUGUUAGAUUACAUCGAAGUAUCAACUAGCUUCUACCAAUUACUAACUUUGAUAUUAGAACCCGAUCCUUUGAAGAGGUAUGGGAUCGAUGAUAUUAUCGAAUCCGUACGAAAUAUAAGGAGUUUUACACAGCACGGUAAGUACGCCAAUGUUGAUAUAUACGAUAUAAUUGACGAUGAUACAGUCAAUGAGGAAGAAAUCUAUGACACAGAUUUUUCAAAUGGUUUGGUUUCACACGAUUCAUCAGAAACUAUGGUUAGUUUACAACAUAACGACACCAACGACAAGGAGGGGGUAUUCUAUGGUGGCCAAGGUGUCACAGUUUUAAGAAGACCAACUCUACAGCAUAGCAGUGCACCAUUCAACGGGAAUGGCCAAGCAAUAACAAUUUAA